GGAGGGGAGGUAAAUUUCUUACACGUGCCGCGGUGGUGGCAGUCGUUCGCCAACCGUGACAAAACGAGCGUGCUCCGGUUGCCUGGCUACGCUACGAGCGCACGGUGCAUGCCACUUGCGGCACUUGCGGUAGUCGUACGCUCGCACACAGUUAUACCGCGCGGUAGGGGAGCGUAGAAGGGUAGAACAAGUGUUUCGGUCGAGCAGCAAACACGGGAAAAGCAAAAGAUGGCGAUGGCGCAUCGGAACGUACCGCAGUAGUGAUGCAGUGCGAGCGAGUACCGUCGUUGUUUGCUCCGAUCGUACCGUGCGAGAUCGCUCGUUAAGCGGAGCACGGCCAAAUGACAUGGGAAUUUGCAGCAGAAGGCAUUUUAUACUGACAAUAUGCAGCCUGCAACUAAUUACCACUAUAGAACGUCAAGUCUUCGACUUUUUGGGGUUUAUGUGGGCCCCGAUACUGGUCAACUUCUUCAAUAUCAUUUUCGUAAUUCUAGGAUUUUUCGGGGCCUUUCAAUAUAGACCUAAAUAUAUCAUAUCGUAUUGUAUAUGGAAUACAUUGUGGCUAGGAUGGAACGUAUUUAUCAUAUGCUUUUACCUCAAUGUAGGGAUACUGGACAAAAAUAGCGAUAUACUUAACCUUGGUACUGGUAGCUUUUCAUGGUGGUACGUGAAUGGACCAGGUUGCAAAGCCGUUUAUGACGUGACGGAACCGGAGCUUUUUCGACCCGCACGACCUACCAAUGUAACAGACUGCGUACUGGAUUACGAAGUGAUAGAAAUUUUACACGCUGCGACGCAAUGUGUUUUAGGUUUUAUGGCGAUUGUCGGCGGAAUUUGUCUCAGUAAAGUGUUCCUUGAGGAAGAUGAUAGCUUACGAACUAAACGAAAGAAAAAGCAGCCACGGCCGUUGUACAGCAUCGAGUACUCGCAGCCGGAACCGCCGGUGCAAGAUGACAGCGUGUCGCCAAAGCCGAUGACUCCGCGCCGGGUGAAACGACGCUCCGUGAUCUCGCGGGAUGGCACGCGGCGUUCCAACACGCGGCGCAGCUCAGUACGCCAGUCGCGCCGCAAGAACCCGGUGAACCGCAUCAUGGACCACCAGGAGAGUCUGUACGCGAACACGAUCACACCCUGCAUCGGCAACCUGACGAAUCAAAAUGUCAGCUCGUUGUCGCAGGGCACGAUCAACUACGACCGGAUCGCGGUCGGCUGGGACCGCGAGCGGAACGCCGACCGGAACUGGCAGCCGGAGGCGGUGAACAUGGCAGUGUCGUCGCCAACCCUGUGGCCGCCGGCCACCCAGGACUCCUCCAACAACUACUCGAACGCCUCGUCCAGCUUCCCGGCCGGACAGAGUCCGCCCGUUGGUUGGGACCAUCAGCAUCCGACCACUAGCUCCACUCGCAACCUCACCGACAACUGGCAGGCGUCGCCUGGCGAGCUGAACCCCAUGCAGUGGCAGGGUCAGAGCAACCCCACGUUCCAGCAGACCAGCACGCAGAGUCUAAAUGGCGAGGACAUGGAAGAGCUGUACAGCAAUCGGCCGGCCAGCGCUAGGUCCAGCUAUAGCAAUUAUCAUGGGGUUAGGGCGACACCGCAGGUGCCUAAUCGCACCGACGUUGUCAGACAAAGCCAGCGACAGUUCGUCCUAAGUGGACCGCCCGCUUAUCAGGACACGGUGAUCUGAUACCACGAAGACCUGUACGAGUCUCAGGUGUUGCAUCUUGCGUUGAAGACGAUGUCGAGAUAAUAAAUUGCAAGCGAUCAAAUUGGCCUUACACAAUCUAUUUAUCAGAUACAGUAAGUGAGAUAAUCGAUUGUAAAAAGAAUGAAUGAUAAUUUUCAUCUUCGCGAUUGAAAAUGGCACUAUUUUUGAUAGCGCUAGUCGCAUGCGCGACGCCUUCACGAAGCGAAAAUAACGAAGACUUAAAGAAAUCGCAGCAAUGUAAUAUGUAUUAUUUCUCUGUCGUCGAUGUUUCAAGUCGUAAUAAUGUCAAACAGUUGCUUUAACUGUUUCAAUAAUUACAACACAGCUAAAGCGAUUGUUUAAAUGUGAUUGUUUGAACAAUGUCUGCAACUCAUGAUGGGAAAAGAAGCAUCGCGGUUUCGCCAAUUUUAGAGCUUUACUUGAUACAGAUGCGACAGAUCUCUACUAGUGUUGCAUCGUAUUGUACUAUAAAAAGUAACGUCUAUAGGCAACUUUACUUAAAGACUCGAAGAGCCGUUUUCGCUCUCUCUGGUCGUUUCGCAAUACUAUUUUAGAGAUAUCCAAGUGGUAUACGUUUGCAUCAGUUGCCGAUUUUUGUUAGUAUAGACGACGAUAGACGGUAAAUCCGUACAGUCGACGUGAUAUGGGAUUAUCUUAAAAACGGCGUAAGUUAAUUUUUAGAUAACUUCGUUAAAUUUUUAAAUCGAUGCACAGAUCUUGCAAUGUAUGUUCAUUGAAGCUACCUUUGAGGUAGAUAAUGAAGAUUGCCUUCACUCUCAGGAUUUAUCUAUCCGACAUGUGUGAAAUUAGUGUAGAAGAGAUACGGAAAGUUUAAAACCGAUCAAAAUCCUAACAACGUUAGAAUUUUUACGCGACAUGUUUCUUUUCAUUUUUCUUCUCGUUGUUAAAAGUUUUCUUAGAAACUUUUACACUUAUUAUCCUCAUCCUAUUUAUAUCAUAGAAUUAAGGAUUCUCUUGUUCUGCGCAUAAAAUCAAAAACUCAUCGCAUCGUCUGUAAAUAUAGAUUCACUCAUCACUCUCGAAAGCAUAUUAUCGACGACACUAUACACGCAAUUUUACUUAUAAUUUUUUUUAAGUACGAUCAGCGGUUUACGCUAUUUUUGAACACUUUAUAAUAAAUUAAAAGAUAUUCGUCUUUUUGAGAUUUAUAAUAUUUUCUAAUCAAUUUUUUACAAUUUUUUAUACAACUCGUCUGUAUUUGGACAUUUAUAUGUAUGCUUGAUCAUAUACGAUUACGCUACAGUCUUCCAAAUCUUAGAAGAUAAAAAUUGAUGCGAUUCACCUUUUUGUGCAUUAGUGACAAAAAGUAAACUUAUAGAAUAAUAAUGACAUACAAUAUUAUACCGCGUGCAAUAUUACGCAUAUGCAAUACAAUAUCAGUGCACUGUCUGAUCUUUAUAAUGUUGUGACAUAAUAUAGUUAUGGUCUUCGUAUGCUCCGCUGAGAAAUUGAAAUUGACUUUGACGCGCCUAAGCUAAUUCUAUUUAAAGCGUACAUAUGUCAUUUUGCUCAAAACACUCUUAUUUGUAAGAUUCUGUUAGAAUUUGGACUUUUUCAAAGUGCCAAAAGUCUCUCAGUAAUAAAAUUCUAAUUUACGUGUACUGUCGUAAAAAAAAAAUAGAAUGAAUAUCAAGAAAUUGAUUAAGAUUUUCAUAUUACUCAGUUCAUUAAAAAAAUUUAUACAAAAUAUAAUUUCUUCAUAUUUCUUCUAUUAAUUACAUAUAAUUUUUUUUCCAUUGCUUAUAUAUCUUUCAUGCUAUAAGUGUUGGCUCGUCUAUAAAUGCGUCGUGAAUUAUAGAGAGGAGAUGGAAACCAAAGUGUUAAAUAUCAAUAUACAAGUAAGAUCUAUCAACUUAACUUGAAAACUGCCUCACCAGUUUCUGGUUAUUGUAUUGUAUAAUCUAGAAUUAAUUCUGAGACUUGUUGGAUUAAAUGAAACGUAAGUUACUUUGCUCCGAUUACUUAUAAGAAUCUCGUAGUUUUCUAAUUGUAUACUAUUUGCAUUAACUGAGCGAUUAUAUUUACAAAUACAGUAGAAUAACUUCAGGGCAGCUAUCUUAUCGAUUGCAAAACACAUGCAACACAAUUAUAUCGGUGCACUUUGUUUUAUUAAGAUGACUUCUUAUAUAUCACAGUUUUCAUUACUUAUAACAUCAGGUUUAAACGAUGGAAAUUUAGUGAUAAUUGUUUGGAUUACGUACAAUUAUUUAUAUAAGAGAUUACAGUUGAGAUUUACAAUUAUUAUACAAUACAUUAUAUCAUCAUGUAACAAUUGCAAGACAAUAAAUGAUCAAUGUUCAUUACCUUA